GGAUAUAUGCAUACUUUAGUACGCUCGAGAGAACGAUAUAGUAUACCAUUCAUUGCGUUUAAAAAACAGACAGAAAAUGCUUUAAAAUGAAGCUUUUUCGUUCAGUAGAAGAAAUGAUGUGGUGAAGGUUGCUUUUUAAUGCAUCGGGAUGUCCGAAAAGCGAGACGAAAGAGGUGAAAAGCUCAUCACAGCCGCAAGAAAGGGUGAUAUUCAAGGGGUUAAGGAUCUAAUUAAGGCAGAAGAAGGCUCCUCGAGUGAAUUCAAUAUCAACUACAAAGGAAAGACAAAGUUAUCAUUUGGAUGGACAGCACUUCACACAUCUAUUCAACAUGAAAAUCAUGAAAUAAUGGAUGCUUUGAUCAAGGCUGGAGCAGAUGUGAAUAUAAAGACUGAUGGAGGGGAAACAGCUUUACAUAAAGCUGCAAUGGUUGGAAGAAAGGACUUCAUUGUGACUUUGUUGGAAAAUGGAGCAAAUCCCUUGAUUGUGAACUGUGAUGAAAAGACCAGCUCACAUUUAGCAAAAGAAGAUGCUGUGAAAGAUAUCUUGCAAGAGGCAGAAAACCAAGAACAGGAAAAAAUACAAAAACAAUUCCUUACAGCUGCUCGAGAAGGGAAUACCAAAGUGUUGAAAGGCCUGAUUUUUGGGGAGUACCCGCCAAAUAUCAACUGCUCAGAUGAUCAGGGUAAUACUGCACUACACUUGGCAUCAUAUAGAGGAAAGAAAGAAGUUGCUGUGAUGCUGCUUCAGAAUGGUGCAAAUCCCUCAUGCAAGAAUAACAAUGGUCAGACUGCAUUGAAUUUGACUGAUGAUUUGAAAAUGAAGAAGUUGCUUGAUGUUCAACCCUCUCAGAUCUCUCGAAGCAAUUCAUUUCGCAAGUCAACCAAAUCAUUUAAGGUCUGGCAAAGAAUGGUUCCAAAGUUUGAAGGAUAUCUUCUCAAAAAAUCACGGUUUUUUGGCUGGAAAAAAUAUUGGGUUGUUCUUGAUAAAGGCAUUGUGUCCUGGUUUAGAAAAAGGGCUGAUGCUGUGAGUGGUGUUAAGAGACAAGGUUUAAGGAAUUUGGAAAAUUCUGUUUUUGCUGUAUCCAAGAGAGAUGAACAUAAAAUCAAAAUGCAGUUUUCUGACAAUUCUAUUCUCCUGUGGAGUGUGAAAUGUGGUGGAAAUGAAGUGUCAAGACAGUGUUGGCUCAACUCUCUUCAUGAACACCAAGCAUACAGCACAUACUUCAUCAACCAGCCUUCAGUUGACUUUGAUGAUGAGUUAGAAGACAAUAUCCUUCCUGUGGAAACAAUGGAGAAUGCUUUAAAGGGUGCUCAAGCACAUCAAAAUAUUUUGAAGAAGCAAGUGUCUCUUGUUGAAGAAUUAUUAAAUGGACUUAGUGAAGACUUGAAACGGUCUAAAAAUACCUUCCUCAGUAUCAAGGAUAAGUUAACCCAGGUUUUGGCGUCAGCGAAGGAGAUGUACAGUUCACUGAAUCAUUGUUUAAGUUUGGUUUCACAGCAGGAGGAGGCGCGCAGGCUUCAGCUGGAUGACGAGGCAGAGCGACGGCGGGUGUUGGAGGAUGCGCUUCAUGUUUUAGCCGCUGAACAUCAUGUGCUGUCGUCCUCGCUUUCCCGCUUCCCCGAGUCUCCAGGCAAAAUGUCAAGCUGGGAAACAAGUGAAGCAGAAGAAUAUUAUUCUCCGCAAGAGGAGCUUGAUUUCCUGUCAGCCAGUGAUCAGGAGGAAAAUGAUGAUUAUGACAUUCAGAGUCCAGUUGUCAAUGGCAAUAAUGGCGUAUUACCCGGGCCUGAAGCCCCGAACAACAGCGGGGUUCCCAUGGUUCUACCUGAGGCUUCUCAACCCAAUGACUUGAUGUCUGAAUUACCAGAAGGCAGGCACAGAACCAGUCUUCCUUUGCCAAUGUUAUCACGAGAUUUCAGUGUCUGGGCUGUUUUGAAACAUUGUAUUGGAAAGGAUCUAUCAAGAAUAACAAUGCCUGUUAUAUUCAAUGAACCUAUAACAUUUCUUCAACGUAUUUGUGAAUAUAUGGAGUAUGGUCACAUGCUAAAGACAGCCCAGUUGAAAGAUGACCCUUUUGUCAGAAUGCAGUAUGUGGCGGCAUUUGCAGUUUCGUCAACAGCUUCAAAUUUACAUCGUGUUGGUAAACCAUUUAAUCCUCUGCUGGGGGAAACGUAUGAACUUGUCAGAGAGGAUCUUGGGUACAGAAUAGUGACAGAACAGGUCAGUCAUCAUCCACCAAUCAGCGCGCUCCAUUGUGAAGGCAAGGGAUUCAAAUUUCAUUGUUCAGUUCAACCGAAGCUGAGGUUCUGGGGAAAAGGCGUCGAGAUUGUACCCAAAGGAAUUGUCUCGCUUGAAUUCACCGAACUACAAGAAUCUUACACGUGGAACAAUAUCAACGCAUGCGUGCAUAACAUUAUUAUUGGCCAGUUGUGGAUUGAACAGUAUGGACAGAUGGAAAUUAUCAACCACACUCAUGGUGUGAAAUGUAUCGUGAAUUUUAAACCUUGUGGAUGGUUCGGUCGAGAAAUUAAUAAAGUCGAAGGCGCAAUCUACAACAAAAAAGGCGGCAAGGAGUACAUUCUUCAGGGGGACUGGACGAAACAUUUGUACGGCUACUCAGCCAAACCUAAAUCAAAAGCAGAGGAUGAAUUCAUGGCGACUCAAUCGAUGGGUUCAACGACAGGAAGUGCGCUCAUAGCUCCAAGUAUUUCAAGCACAAGCGCUGACAGCACAGACGAGGAAGAUGAUUUCGAUCGAGUUCUCCUCUGGACCGUCAACCCCCGGCCACCAAACUCAAAAGAGAUGUAUAACUUCACAUCAUUUGCGAUGCAGUUGAACGAGCUUCACGAGGAACAAGCUGAAAAGCUUGCCCCAACUGAUUCUCGGCUGAGACCAGAUGUUCGCACGCUGGAAACAUUGGACAUUGAUUAUGCUGCGGAUGAAAAACGAAGAUUGGAAGAGAAACAACGGACAGCGAGGAAAGAAAGAAGUAAAAGGAAAGAAGAACAUGUGCCGAGGUGGUUCAAAGAGGCACCUAAUCCACAUAAUGGGCAAACAGACUGGAUAUUUUGCGAACAAUAUUGGGAACGAGACUUUAGCAAAUGCCCGGAUAUAUUUUAAUAUUUGCCACAAUACACCCAGGGGGUUAUUCUGGAAUAUUUCUAGUUCAAUGAAUUGUAAUAUAUGAGGGAAUUCCAUCUUUCAUUUCACAUAUCCCAGUGUUGUGAACUCGACUGCAGAUAGUCGUCAAGUUCGAAGUCGUUGGGGAAAUUUCGAUUAAAUCUCUCAACUAUUUUUAUUUCCAAUGAAAUACAGGGUACUCCAAAAAUACCUUUUAUAUUUUCAUGCUCUUGAGAGUCGAGUUUGAUGACUAUCUGUUUUAUAAUAGCAGGCACUUAUUAUAGACCAAACUAGAAUAAACCGCGCUUUGUAAUAUUAGAGACACUUCUCGCUAAUGACGGGAGCAGUUUAGCAUAAUACUUAGGUCAGCAUUUGCAUUGCACUACGUUCGCCUGUCAGGCUGUCACGAAAUCAUAUUUUUAAGGACCGGUUGUUCGAAAGGCGUUCAGCUUAACCGGUGGAUAAGCCAAAGUUUAAAAAUACUCUCACAAUAUAACUGAACUAAGUCAACUAACUGAGUGAAUAACUGAACCUACGUCUUACGCAUAUUAAGUAUGUACUGCUAUUGAAAAUUAAAAUAUUUACAUCGAAAUAUUUCAGCUCAGUUAUUCAAUAAAUAGAUAAUUUUGUUUUCCAUUUUGAACUUAUCCACCGUUUAAGCUAAACGCCUUUCGAACAAGGUUAAAGUUGCCGUUUUGCGAUUAAAAAAUUCCGAAAGAUGACUAGUGCUAUUCUGCUGGAGGGCAAAUAAGCUGACUCGUGACAGGCAAACACGCUAGUGCAAAACGAGGUUUUGUUAUGUAAAUCGCUACAAAAACAUGCGCUGCGAGGGUUAAACAGCGAAGUAAGUAUCCUGUAUUUCGAAAUUAAUAAAAUUUGUGUACAUCCGA